GAAGCGAAUGUUAAAGAUCUCUCACAAAUAUAUGAUGCAAUAUACAGAGAUCACGAAGAAGGGGUUGAAUAUACCCUCACUGAUGAAGCACUGAAAGCGUACGACUCAUUCGACGAGAAAACAUGUCAGGAAAUAAACAGCCAGUGGGAUGCUGGUGAAAUUGCAUCUUACGAUGGUGAGAUUGGAAAGGACCGUAAGCAGGUAAAUUAACGGGGAGACACUGGCUGAUAUGUAGUAUUGUUACCCAUUUACUGUCAGUACUUUACCGCUGACGAGUAAAAUUGACUGGCAUUAGACAGAGUGAAAUACAUACUUGACUUGAGUAUAUGCAUGGAGAACUUUAACUCAUUGAAGUCUGUAAUGCGAGAGUACUACCAUACUAAAUUAAAGAACAUAUACAAUUGUGGUGAUGCACAAAAUUUGAAAACGAUUUUCCCGAGAUGUAUUAGAGCAAGGACUUUGACAAACCCGAUGACACGAUGUUUUAGUCUCAACUCUCAAAUCUCAAUGGUUUAAUUGUUAUUUGUGUUAUAUUUGAUAAUUUGUCUCUUGCUGUUUUUGGCCAACAGUAAUUGAUUAAAGAAAAUCUCCACCUAUUUUAUGUAAUUUGCAACAUAUUCUGUGACUGAUAUGAGUCACCAUGUUGAAUUUCGAUAAAAUGGUCUUUUUUGUGAAAUAUAAAAGUCAUUAAUUUUUGCAGGUUCUGAGGCUCACUGUUAUAUUGUAUGUUACAUAUACAUAUAUGCGAAGAGCACUGUUUGCAAACUAUGGACCAGUUUCAAGUGA